ACUCACACAGGAGUUGAUCUUAUCAUCAGUAUACAGUUACAUUAAAGGUCAGCAAUAUGAACAAAAUUCUUCAGCUUCUUCUGCUUUCACUUCCAGUAGUUGCUAUAAAUGGUUCUCAUUCUUUGUGGGUGCUUGCAACUUACAUCAAAGGACAAACGCCAUUUCCUGAAUUCAGUUAUGUAGCGAUGUUGGAUGAUGUCAGAGUUAUGUAUUAUAAUGGUGACACAAAGACUCUCAUUCCAAGAGGAAAUACAACCACUGAAGAUAAUGUGUUUGAUUCCAAUCUUCUCAUCACCAUAAGUGACAAUAUACAAGCAUCUUUUUUGACCAAAUGGGCAGUAGCAACUAACAACUUAAAUAAAACUGAAGGUGCUCUUGCCUUUCAAAGACUGGUUUUGUGUGAGCUGAGGGACAGCGGUGAACCGGGACAAAUGAUCACACGGGAUGCUUUCCAAGGCUCUACCACAGAUGAGUUGCGAUAUCUUGACAAGAAGUUUACAUACCAGGGCACCUUAAAUGUCACGGCACAAGUGCUGAAAAUCCAUCUUGACCUCUCCAUGUGGCGUCAUGAAAAUUUAUACCAACCAUUCUGCAUUAAAACUCUCAAAGGUUACCUUAAAAAUAGGAGAAAUCAAGUAAAUAGAAAAGUGAAACCCAGAGUCAGACUCAUCCAGAAAGCAAACACAGAUUCUGGAGGGUCUUGGGUGAGUUGUCUGGCAACAGGAUUUUACCCUCGCCACAUCAACCUGACCCUGUUCAGAAAUGGACAGCCUGUAUCUGAUCAUGAGAUCACUGGAGGAGAUCUGCUGCCCAAUGGUGACGGGACGUACCAGAUGAGGAAGAGUCUGGAGAUCAGUGCAGAGGAACAGAGAGAGAAACACAAAUACACCUGCUCUGCUACACACCUCAGUCUGGACAACAAACUGGACAUCAGUUUGGAGUAUGAUCAUGGGAAACCAUUCAAAUCAGUGAUUCCUUCAGUCGUAACGGUUGUGGCACUGGUGUUGGUCUUUGGGACUCUGGCUGCUGUAUGGAGAAAGCGACAUAAAUCUUCUGCUAAAAGUGAAUACUCCUCUACGUCUACAUCUGAAGAAUGUGUGGACACAGCAUCCUAAACUCAAGUUUGCUACACUGCCACCUUUAGAUUCAUACUGAUAGCUCCAUCAGCCCCCAACUAUGACUGGCUCAUGCUCCAUUUAAGUAAUGUUAAAAGAGGGAACUGUUUAUUAAUUGCAUGUCUUUAUUCUCCAUGAUCUUAUAUCUAUAUUCUCCAUAUUUUUUAAUAUGUUCAGAAUAAGCAACAAGUAUAUGCUUUUUCAUAAGAAAAUAAACUUUCUUAAGAUCAAA